GUAGAGUGGCGCAGUGUGCCGGCCUGCUCGUGGGGUUGUUUGUAUACGGAUACAAUGUGGUCCGGCAGGGGGAAGGUGAUAGAUUAAAACGAUUACGGGACACAUCCGUGAAACAGCGGGGUUCGAGAUCAGAUCAUACAGGUUAGAAAGCGCUGACUGCGAAGACCGGUCCAGUGUCCAGUGGACUGAUGGCCCAGAGGCAUUGUUCUGUCUAGAAGCGGCGCAUUGACGGCGUGUCUCCCUCUGAUCUCCUCGCGGCCGGCCGUGCGCUCGCAGGCAGGGGUGGCUGCCAUGGAGCCGGCCAGCCUGGAGAACCUGCAGGUGCUGUACCAGAGCCCGGACUUCAUCGUGGUCAACAAGCACUGGGACAUCCGCAUCGACAGCAAGAUGUGGUACGAGAAGCAGACCGUGCAGAGCCAGCUGCGGCACCGCUUCCCGGAGCUGGCUGACCCCGGCACCUACUACGGCUUCAGGUUCUGUCACCAGCUGGACUUCUCCACCAGCGGGGCGCUGUGCGUGGCUCUGAACCGGCCGGCGGCGGGGAAGGCGUAUCGUUGCUUCAAGGAGCGCCUGGUCACUAAGGCCUACCUGGCCCUGGUGCGGGGUUACGUGGAGAGCAGCCAGAUGACCCUGGAUUUUGCCAUCGGCAGAAACACGUGUGAAGGGAAGACUCACAUGAUGUGCACAGAGAGCACAGAGGGCUGCGAGAACCCCAAGCCCAGCAAGACAGAGCUGACAGUUCUGGAGUAUGGCUUGUACGAUGGAGACCCAGUCACCAAGGUCCUGCUGCAGCCCCUCACAGGCCGGACACACCAGCUCAGGGUCCACUGCAGCGCCGUCGGUCACCCCAUUGUGGGCGACUUCACCUACAGCCUGCGCGCCGACAGCGCCCCCUACCGCAUGAUGCUGCACGCCUACCUGCUGCGCCUCCCUUGCCAGGUGUCUCCAUGGUGA